AUGCGAAAGGCCAACAAAGCGACGACUGGGAAAGGGUCUGCGACUGCCGCCCGGAAGCAGUGGUUUGACGAUGCGACGCUUGCGCUCGUGACCAACGCCCAAGAACGGGCGGCCAAGGCGCGCGGAAAGGGCGGCAAGGACUCGGCCCGAGAGGCCCGCGAGCGCUCGUCGCAGCUCUCGACGAGCGCCGACACGGUCGGUGUCUCGUUUGCCGGCGCUGCAUUCCAAGCCGACUACUUCUCAUCCAAGUUUGCCAAGCGUGGGUUGCUCGUGUACGCGAUCCUGCAAGAUUUGCUGGCGAAAAACCGGUCGCUAAUUCCAGUGUCGUUGGAGACUGUGACGGUCGCGUCGUUUGGCGGCGGCCCUGGCACCGACGCUGCCGGCAUCGUUUGGAUCCAGCGCGAGUUCCUUGCAUCGUCGCGCAUCCAGUGCACGCUCUUCGACUACGAGACGUCAUGGAAGCGAUACGUCAAGACGCUCGAUGAGCUCUUCGGCGACUCCGUCGACGUCUGCUUCCGGCCCUGCGACGUGACCCAAGGCCUCAAUACUGACAGCAAUCGCCACGUGUGUGAAGUUGAAGCCAUGGACGUCCUCCUCUUCUGCUACGUCUGCCACGAAACGUCGGCGCGCCAGAACAAUGUCUUGCAGUUCUACGCCGAUCUCGCGGUGCAGGCCAAGGCCGGCGCCAUCGUCAUCCUCGCGGACGUCAAGACCACGUCCAAGCAGUGCCUCGAGCGCGUGGCCGAGGCCAUGGCCUCUUCUCGGCACGUGACGCGCCUCGCGCUCGCCAAGCCUCCCAACGCAGAAGCCAUCGUGCUUCGCAUGGACACCAAAAAGUGCAUUUUCCCUUUGUCGGUCAUGGCGCACCUCGACACGAAUCCGCAGGUGAGCGUGCACUCGAUCGCCGGCGUCGCGUCGUGCUGCUACGUCGAGAGCAUGGACGUUGCCUUCGACAUGGGAAUCGUCUUUGGCAAGGCCGUCGGGCGCAAGCACGUCUUCAUCACGCAUGGUCACAUUGACCACAUCAAGGCGCUACCCGGCCACGCCGGCGAGCGGUCGCUCUCGAAAGCGGCGCCUGCCACGUACUAUGUGCCCGCGCCGCUCGUGGAGCAUGUCAAGCAGAUCUUAGCGACCUUUGAGAUCAUGCAAGAGAGUCCGCUGCCGGCGACGAUCGUCGCGGUCGAGGCCGGCAUGAGUUUCCGCAUCUCGCAUACGGUUCUUGUGAAGGCCUUUCCCACGGUCCACCGCGUGCCAAGCUUUGGCUAUGUGGCGUACGCUGUUACAAAGCGCUUGAGCGACGAGUACAAGGACCUUCCGCGCGAUGAGCUCAUCGCGCUGCGCAAGGCCAAGGUGCCCAUCGAGAUCGAGACGUUGACGCCGACAGUCGCGUACACGGGCGAUACGCAAGUGAGCUUUUUCGAUCCGAACAACGAGGCCAACUGCGGCGACUUUCUCAAGGCCAACGUCCUCGUCACCGAGUGCACAUACAUUGGUGACGCAAUCCCACCCGCGACCGCGGCGGAGCGGGGCCACAUGCAUCUGUUGCAGCUCUCGGCGAUGCAAGAUCGCUUCCAAAACCAAACGCUUAUUCUGACGCACUGCUCGCCCCGGUAUAGCGCAAAGGCGCUCGCGGAGGCGGUCCGGCUGCAGUGGGCCGCCGUCGCUGGCGCCAACCAACAAGUGUGGCUCGCGCAUGGUGCCGAGAGUGCCCUCGUACGAGGUUAAAUUUAAAUGCAUCUACGGUUGCAAGAGCGCA